GUGGCAGUUUAAUUAGUUUUAUGAGCAAGCGUGUGAAGGAUUUUGGCUACAUGCCGACAAUGCUAAUGGCAAUUCCGCCAUAUCUGUUGGCUUUCUUAGGCAUUUUUUUGGCAUUUCCAGCUGAUGCCAAUUUGAGGCCGACGAGUGGCGCCACAUAUCUGUCUCCCAGGUUCAUUCAAAUUUUUCAGUUUAUCCAAAUCGAGAGAACGGGAUUUAUCGUGAAUAUUAUUAGUCAGUAACA